UCCUGUAGGGCUACUAUGAGUUGGAAUCGACUCCAUGGCAGUGGGUUUAGUUUUUUUUUGGUACCUUGUAUUAGAGCUUUAGUAACCUUCUUUUUUCUUUUUGGUACCUUGUAUUAGAGCUUUAGUAACAUUCUUUCCCUCCCUCCCCCCAGUUUCUGCUAGGGAGCUAACCCACUUUUAUGGGAAUUCAUUUUUUCAUCAUUUGUAUUGACUUCCAAUUUUCCAUGUCUGGUAGUUUUCAGUAGGGUAGUGUAUGAAAUUUGAUUUUAGAGUUGGCUUAGAGAUUCAGUAAGAACAAAUGAUUUCUUUUCAUCCAUGUAUCCUCAGCACCUAGCACAGGGCUAGGCCCAGUGUAGAUGGUCAAUAAAUAUUUGUUGAAAUGAAUAGUUCUCCAAAGGCUUGCUUGACUCUUUCUUUUGUCCAGUCACCUGGCAAGAGAAUGAGGUCUUUAUGAUGAUUUUGUCUUUAGAGGCCUAAUUACUUAGUUCUUAUGCAGAUUGGCAUUAUGUAAUCUUUCCACUAUUGGACAACAUUUUCUGUGACAGCAGACUCUUCUGGGUGAAUGAAUUUCUCUAUCAGCUAUUGAUGUUCUGAGCUUGGGUUUAGAAAAAUCCAGACACAUUUGUCCACCAAGGCCAAAGAGAUUGUUUAGCACAAGAGAGGGAAGUAUUUAAAUCAGCAAAAUUUGCUUUCUAUUUGGGAUCUUCCUAGCCAUCCAGGCUGGCCAUAACUUCCUAGAUGGAAUAAGUUAUUUUGUUAGAUAAUUGGAAUUGAAUCUUGUAAACCAAAAGUAUUUUGCUUGUUGAUUCUGUUUGCAUUUUAGGAGAGGAGAUGAUUCUAAACAUCUGCAGGUAGUCUGCAGAUGUGCCAGAUUGAUGGCCUUUCUAUUACAAAUUCAUCUUUUUCUUUAAGUUUGUUUGUAGAUGUUCUUAAACACAGAUGGUAAACACUUUCUUCCUUUGGUUUCAUACAGUACAAAAUAGUACUAAUAAUUUUAGUCUGCAUGGUUCUAUGAACCACAUUUAUAUUUUGCUUUAUCUUAUGUGGUGUGUACUUUCUGUUAUCUGUGUUGCUGCAGUAAAAAAUAAUUUAUAAGUAAUUACAUCCAUCAGAGAAUUUGAGGGCCUUCCCAUAAACAAAGUGGUAUGCGUGUGUUUUCUGUAAAGGCAGGUUCAGAUCAGUGCUCUGGGCUUAUGUAUCCGGGAUCUGCUUGCACUGACAGUUCAGAUGUGGAAAGUAAAGGGGAAUAUGGAAAAUAGGAAUUUUUGUCAUUACCUUUUUCUCGGACAUGAACUGGCACGUAGAUUUACUAUGGAUCAAGCAUGUGCUUGUUAGUGUUGAGCAAUGGUUUAUCCAACUUGUGUUUUGGGAAUUUCAUAAAACCAAAUUCUCACUUCAAACCCGUUUUGAAAGUAGGUACAGUGUAAAUUACCAAAAACAAAAGAACAAAAAAAAUGCUGCAGACAAAAAAAGGCAGCAUGAGAGAUGCCAGUGCCCAGCUUUCCUUCAUGUGGUGUCUGUUCUUGCUUGUGAGCUGUGAGUGCAGUUCUCAUUAUCAGUUAGUGGGAACGCCUGAGGCAGCGCUUAGCAGGAAGUGGGGCAGCUUGACCCUGCCCUUCCUGCUUAGCAAAGGGCCACUGGCUCCUCCACAGGCUUUGGCGGGCUUGGUGUUCUGGUCCUGGGACAUAGCCAGUGUCUGUGAGUGUGUGUGUGUGUGUGUGUAGUGUGUGUGUUUAGGAAAAGGACAGAGAAAUUGAUUGAGUCUGCCUGCAGUUGUUCAUGCCUGCGGUUAAGGAAACACAGCAGUUCUUCCCUUCAACUAGUUCCUUGCCGGACAGGAGAGAGUGGGAAGAGCACAUUCAUCAAGCAGAUGAGAAUCAUCCAUGGGUCAGGAUACUCUGAUGAAGACAAAAGGGGCUUCACAAAGCUGGUAUAUCAGAACAUCUUCACAGCCAUGCAGGCCAUGAUCAGAGCCAUGGAUACGCUCAAGAUCCCAUACAAGUACGAACACAAUAAGGCCCAUGCACAAUUAGUUCGAGAAGUUGAUGUGGAGAAAGUGUCUGCUUUUGAGAGCCCGUACGUAGAUGCAAUAAAGAGUUUAUGGAACGAUCCUGGAAUCCAGGAGUGCUAUGACAGACGACGAGAAUAUCAGUUAUCUGACUCUACCAAAUACUAUCUUAAUGACUUGGACCGCGUAGCCGACCCUGCCUAUCUGCCUACUCAACAAGAUGUGCUUAGAGUUCGAGUCCCCACCACAGGGAUCAUCGAAUACCCUUUUGACUUACAAAGUGUCAUUUUCAGAAUGGUGGAUGUAGGGGGCCAGAGGUCAGAGAGAAGAAAAUGGAUACACUGCUUUGAAAAUGUCACCUCUAUCAUGUUUCUAGUAGCACUUAGUGAAUAUGAUCAAGUUCUGGUGGAGUCAGACAAUGAGAACCGAAUGGAAGAAAGCAAAGCACUCUUUAGGACAAUUAUCACAUACCCUUGGUUCCAGAACUCCUCGGUUAUUCUGUUCUUAAACAAGAAAGAUCUUCUAGAGGAGAAAAUUAUGUAUUCCCACCUAGUUGACUACUUCCCAGAAUAUGAUGGACCCCAGAGAGAUGCCCAGGCAGCUCGAGAAUUCAUCCUGAAGAUGUUCGUGGACCUGAACCCAGACAGUGACAAAAUAAUCUACUCCCACUUCACAUGCGCCACAGACACCGAGAAUAUCCGCUUUGUCUUUGCUGCCGUCAAGGACACCAUCCUCCAGUUGAAUCUGAAGGAGUACAAUCUGGUCUAACCGUGCCUCCUAGACACCUGCCCUUCCCUUCCCCGGUGGGCUAUUGAAGAUAUACAAGAGGGACUGUAUUUCUGUGGAAAACAAUUUGCAUAAUACUAAUUUAUUGCUGCCUGGUCUCUGUGUGAGCGUGUCCACAGAGUUUGUAGUAAAUAUUAUGAUUUUAUUUAAACUAUUCAGAGGAAAAACAGAGGAUGCUGAAGUACAGUCCCAGCACAUUUCCUCUCUCUCUUUUUUUUUAAGGCAAAACCUUGUGACUCAGUGUAUUUUAAAUUCUCAGUCAUGCACUCACAAAGAUAAGAGUUGUUUCUUUCUCUCUCUCUCUCUUUCUUUUUUUUUUUUUCGAUUGAGCAAAACGAAGCUGAUUUCUCUAUUUCCUAACACAUCCCUCCCUACUGAUUUUUCCCAGGUUACAAUGGCCUUAUCCUAGUUCCAUUCUUGGUCAAGUUUUUCCUCUUGAAUGAUAUAGUCAGGACAAUGUCAUUCAAUUUAAGCCAUCAUACAUCAGCUUAAUUUAACAGUUUGUAGUUUUUGCUGAAGGUAUUAUAAGUAUUAAUGCUAUGGUUUUAAAUGUAUUGCUCUGGAUACAGACAUAGAGGUUUUUUAAAUAUUGUCUUGUCUCACUUUGGAACAGGACAAAGGAUACCCAUCUUAAUGGUUAACUAUCAUUUCUUUUGAAUCUUGACCUUCAGCCAUAACUUGGUUAUUCAGAGAAUUACCCAGAAGUCAGCAAGGCAAGGGCAAGGACACACAGAGUCCUUUCUUUUAAAAUGCCAUGUGCCAUUGUCCUUCCUCCCUCCCCUGCUUCUUUUUCUUUCUUCCACCCUCUCUUCUUUAAAUCACAGAUGCCAAAAAAUAAGCCAACAGACACUACAUUAUCCCCAGCGACUACUGCUCAGAAUCUUUUAGCAGUUUGCUCUUAUUUUUUUAUUUUUUCGGUUCAAACUUUUCCUUCUUUUUUUGUUUUUCCUUCUCCUUAGGGUUUGGGCCACAAUUUUAAAUUAACUUUUAUUAUAGAUAUGUGUUGCCAAAGCUGGCUUUUUGUAAAAAAAAAAAAAUAAUAAUAAUAAUAAUAAUAAAAUUAAUUAAUUAAUUAAUUAAUAAGAAGUUUAAAAAAAGCCGCUAUCUUAAAAUGUAAGAGAGAAAGACUGUGAAGCCAAAAAUGACUGGCUGAGAAUGAGCCCAAAACGCCAAUUGCCAAACAAUUGGCAACUGUAAAUUUGAUUCUCAUGGUCCAUUCUUUUCUUUGCCCUUAAGAUCGCAUUGCUUAGUGUCCACGUUCCAUGUUCAGUGUUCAAACUGGCUUUGUGGAAAAGUGUGCUAUGUGGUGCAACAUGAAAUCUGCUCACGUCUCUGUUUGAAGCCAGUUUUUCUCUCUGUUACAUAAGGUGGAGCAGGUCUGCCAAGAACAUGGGUUUAUGGUAUUCUGACACCUAUAACUGGCAAACUCUGAAAUUACUGAUGAUAGUUUACCACCUUUGGGAUCUUCUUGAAACGGUGACUGAUUAAUUUGAACUUCAGGAAGAUGUGUGGACUUAAAAGUAACCUCUUAAUGUUCUGUAGAACAUGUAUUGAUGUAAAUGAACCUAUGAGAAGAGAUUUUUGGAACUCUUUAUGUGCAAUUUUUCAACAAAUGCAAAAAAAAAAAAACCACACAUGUAUUGAUGAGCUUCUGGCCAGCAGCUUGAGUCAAAAUAUGAUUUAAGAAAAUAAAUCAUGAUUGUUUUAAAGCAGCUGGGAAGUUAGAAUUAGGCCAUGCUGCUGGCCUCAUUUUAACUACAGUACUAUCUGGCACUACUGUAAAUUUCCAUAUAAUUUACUCUUUGGAAACAACAAAGGGAAGGGAGAAAAUUAAUGGCUUAUUAGAUGAGUACCAAAGUUACUGAACAGUAAUGGAAUGUUCUCAUUCUUCACUUUCCCAGCCUCAAACAACAUGGGUUACUUUUCUUUGCCUUCCUCAGAAAGCGCCUGUGAUUUAACUAGCAAAGAGACUGGCUGUAGAUAUAGUGCAAUUCCGAAUGCCCUAAUCUUUGUACAUACAUCUCUCUCUGGAUACUGCAGCAUUGAUACUGGCUUUGUAAUCAUUCAUUUUUUUGGCAGAUUGAAUGUGCUGUAUUGAUAUGUAUCUAUGUAAUUGUAUUGUAUGUCUUGUAGCUAAUUCACAUUUUGAAUAAUGUUAUUUUAUUUACUUUUUUAAGAGAGGAGAAUGUAAAUUUGUCAGUUUAUUUCUGACUAGGGAUUUUUUUUUUCCAUUUAGAAAAGAAGAAAAAAAAAACUUACUAUCGUACAGAGCGGUACUAGCAUCGUGCUGUAUAAAAUCAUUUGCACAUUCCUGAGUAGAGGUAUACUGAUUAUAAGACCCAAAGGUAAUUUCAUAGCAAAAUACAUAAAAUCAGUCAGAGCUUUUAUACAAACAUGGAAACCAACUUUGUAGAACUUUUGCCAUUUGACCUAGGAUUGGAAUAUGAGCUUUUAUACAAUUCAUAUUCUUAUUUGGCAAAUGCACAGUUUAGUAUUACCUCUCUGAUGGCCUUUAUUAGAAAGGCAGUUUUAGAAGCUAUUGUGAUCCACUAAGGAAGUGUUUUGACAGCUAGAGACCACUGCUUUGCCUGAAAGGGCGAUCUUAAAUUUGGUGCAGCAAAAAAAAACAAAAACAAAAAAAAAGUAAACAACAACAUUUGAAGGCUUACAGUGUGUAUAGAGAAAACCUCGUCACAAGAUCAUAAGUGUUACAGUUUUAGGGAAUCAAGAUAUUCUAUUUAAUAGAGCUAUAGUAGAUAUAGUCGAUUAAGCCUGAUUUCGAAGCUCAAAGAAGCUGAGCAAAACAGGGAAAGAUUAUUAUAUUUGUCUUUAAGAAAUUGGGAGGGAAUUUGCUAUGCAGAAUUGAGGUUUGUGGCUUCACUGUUCACCUUAGGGUGCAUGACAAGAUCCCUUCUCUUAAGAAAGGAAAAAAUUGAUCACCCUAGCCACAGUGAUGCAUAGAAACCUAACUGUAUCCACACUAGUCAAUUGAAGCUAAAGGGUUUUCUUUUUUGUUCCUUUGUUUGGGGUUUUAUUGAAGGGGCUAGGGGUGGGAAGGGAUUCUUUUCAGUUUUGUAUAAAAACAAAGUUUACUUAUGCUUUCUAUUAUAUUGUGAUUGCAAGCAUUAUAAGCGUGUGCCACUGGCCUCCUUUGUCCAUGCUGUAGGUAACCGAGGCCUGUGGCAAGUUUUAGGGUGAUGUGGCAUGUCUUAUUCAGAAACAAGAAAAACACAAAAACCGUUCUUCAGCAUACCAAGGCAAGCCGCCACUUCAUGACUCACUUAACUCAUUGCAGUGUACCAGUUUACAGAUGAUUUUUCCCAUUUUGCGCGACACAGCAGUUCCAAUCCUCAGAGAAAUCCUUAUUUGUAAAUUGGAGGUUCCUACUAUGCCUUACAGAGCUUAAAUUCAGAAGUUUGUGCCUCAUGUCUGAAACAAAGGGAAAGAACACACCCAUUCAAAAACAAGCAAAUCCUCUCAAAACGUCUUUUUUAAAGCAUUUCCAUAUAAAGAGCUCUGUUGAAUGUCACGAACAGACUGGGGAAAAAAAUCUUCUUAGGGACCUGCAUAUGUUGUUUACUAGCAGAUGAUGUCUACAAAAGGUAUUUGAAGAACACCUUAAACUUGUGUUUUUGUUUUUGUUUUUUUUUUUGUAGAUUAACUAGCAGGUCUAAUAUUUUAAAAAAAGGUAAUUCACCUAAAGGGCAAUUUACUUUUUUGUACUUCACACUAUCUUGAUUGUCAAGGUGUAUGAACUGUAAUUUUAAAAUUUAUACUGCCACGUGAUUAUCAAUUUUAGUUGUCAUAAGUUAGGAAUUGAUGAAAAGCUAUUUAUGCUGGAUUUUGGUCAAACUGAUUUUAUUAUUUGCAAAAAAUAAAAAAAAUUAAUAAUGGGAAGAAAGGGCUGCAUAAUGAGAUACUGCAAGAUUCAAAUAUUGGUUGGAAAUAACCUUCAAAUUACCCUCAAUUUCCCUUUGUUUUCAGUUUCUCAACAAGAACGAAUGAAAUGAAAUAUAGCAGAAUGUUAACCCAUAUAAAAAUAAAGUGUACCCAAAUAUUG